AUGCUUCCAACUCGCAGCACUGAAGCGCAUCAUGCUUUGGAGCUUAUCGAGGAUUAUCACGCACAACUAACACGGCAUACUGAUGAGGAACUUCGCGGAAACUUGGAGAAGCUCAUCAAUAGCUUCAAAACAAAUUUGUUCAACACGCUGCUGGAACUUCAUGAGUUGUACGAAGGAACAUUGUUAAAUGAGAGAAAAACAUAUUUGCAAAAAAUUGCCGAAGUGAAGAGAAUGGUCGAGAAAUUGGAGUACAACCCUGGAUUCAUUCAUAAACCAGUAACAACUGCGUCGACUUCCAAUUUGAACUACACGAGCACGACUCCACUUGCAUCUGAUUUUCGCGAUCGCGGAGGAUUCUCAUAUUUGAACGGAUCGAGUAGUUUAGGAAAUGGGGUGCUCGCAACAAGCUCUCCGUAUACUCAUUCCUCAUCAAGCCAUAUUUUGCACGAGAGAUCUCGUCAAACGACUCAUGAUGGCACUUGGAAGGAAACGACAACGAAAAUGGUCGACACACCAAAUGGCGUUGAACGUCGUACUAUCGAGCAUACUGGAAUCAUCGACGAGUUUGGACGAAAAUGGGAAUUGGAGAACGUUAUCCUCGAGAAAGGUCACACAGGACUGGGAUUCUCGAUAACGGGAGGUACUGAUCAGCCGACGGAAGAUGGUGAUACUGCUAUCUAUGUGACCAAUAUUAUCGAUGGAGGCGCCGCAUUAGCUGAUGGACGAAUGAAGAGGAAUGAUAUUAUUGUGAAUGUGAACGGUAUCAACUGCGAAGGCGUCAAACACGAGGUUGCCGUCAAUGCAUUAAAAAAUGCGGGAAAUGUGGUAUCUUUGACAUUGAAACGUCGGUGGGAUGAGAACACUGGGGUCGCUGCUCCUCUCUCAAUCGGAGGAUUUGGUGGAUCGACUAGUGCACUUCGUAAUGGAUUAACCCCAUCACUUAGCGCUGGCAACUUGACACAUGCAAUUCAUUCGCCAACUAUUCCUCAUCAUCCGCCGCCUCCGCCGCCACUUCACCACGGAUCGCUGAGCCAAUUGUCAGCAUCGCAUUAUCGCAAUCGUCCAAAUACUCAGCUUGUGGAACUUUACAAGGGUUCCACCGGAUUGGGUUUCUCGAUUGCUGGAGGUGUUGGCAACGAGCAUGUACCGGGUGAUAGCGAUAUAUUUGUGACAAAGGUCAUCGAAGGGGGCGCUGCUGAUCUUGACGGACGCCUUAGAGUUGGCGACAAAAUUUUGGAGGUCGAUAACACACCUUUGAACAAUAUUUCUCACGAAUAUGCAGUGGACGUGCUUAAAAAUACUGGAAAUCGUGUCCGCCUUUUGAUCCAGAAAAAUAACGGUCCGUUCGAUACGUCCGGCCAGUCCUACAAUCCGACAACUUCAAUUUUGAGACCAAGCUCGGUUCAAGACUUCAAUAGAUCAUAUGAUUCUCAAUCACAUCUUACAUAUCCUCAGAAUACUCGAGUUGCAAUUCCGCUCGAGCCUCGAGCGGUCACCCUUUACAAAGGUCAAAACGGAUUAGGAUUCAACAUCGUUGGUGGAGAAGACAAUGAGCCAAUCUACAUUAGUUUUGUUCUUCCUGGAGGCGUUGCUGAACUCAGUGGAAAUGUGAAGACUGGAGACGUCCUGCUUGAAGUCAAUGGUGUCAACCUACGUGGAGCUACUCAUCGCGAAGCCGCUGAAGCUCUUCGAAAUGUACAAAAUCCGGUACAACUAGUUCUCCAAUAUCGACCAACAGAUUAUCAAAUAUUUGAAUCGAAAAUUGAAAAACUUCGGAAUGAUGUAAUUUCACAAUCAAGAAUGAGCACACUUCCAAGACGUGAGCACUAUGUAAGAGCGUUGUUCGAUUAUGAUCCUGCUCGUGAAAACUCCGUUGCUCCGCAUAGAUCAAUGGCAUUCAACUAUGGAGAUAUUCUUCAUAUUAUCAACUCGUCCGAUGACGAAUGGUGGACGGCGAGAAAAGUUCUGGAAAAUAAUGAGGAAACGACGGAAGGGGUCAUCCCGUCAAAGAAACGAGUUGAAAAGAGAGAACGACUUAGAAGAAAGCAGGUUAACUUUAACGCUGGAUCACAAUCGCUCGGAAGAAACUCAUCUUCCGGUUUGGAGCACCGUCGCGGAAGCCGAAGUCAGCUCUCGUUCUCAAGAAAGUUCCCGUUCGUCAAGAGUACUGAUCGAAUUAAUGAUCUCGCCGAAGAAGCCGCCAACUUCAAUGACGAGCCAGUGUUCUCGUACCAAAACGUUGAGCCGCAACACAUCAACUAUGUUCGGCCAGUAAUUAUUCUUGGAGCACUGAAAGACAGAAUCAACGACGAGCUGGUGACAAGAGAUCCGCAUCAAUUUGGCAGUUGUGUUCCACAUACGUCUCGUCCACCGCGUGACAAUGAAGUCGAUGGACGUGAUUAUCACUUUGUGCCGAAACACAAAAUGGAGGAAGACGUCAAGAACAACCUCUUCAUUGAAGCAGGACAAUUCCAGAAUAAUUUAUAUGGAACCAGUAUUCAAAGCGUUCGCGAAGUGGCCAAUCAAGGGCGCCACUGUAUACUUGACGUCAGUGGAAAUGCAAUUCGAAGACUUCAAAAUGUUGCCAAUAUUCAACCAAUUUCCAUUUUCAUCAAACCAUCGUCACCACAGCAGAUAAUGGAAUUGGACCGACAAUUGUCAAAGCCACUUCACGAUGAGCGACCAUUCCUGGAAGAUGAGGCUGCCGCACAAUUCCAGAGAUGCCAGAGAAUUGAGCAAACCUUUGGAGACCUAUUCACACAUGUGAUUUCAAAUGCUCACUCGGCAAAUGAGGUGAUGAGCCGCAUCUACCAGCUGAUCAAGCGAGAGUCGCAAUCACCAAUUUGGGUGGCACGCAACUAA